AUGGAUCAUCUCAGACGCCCCCACUUUGGCAAGAGCCACUCGCACGACAAGAAGGACAAGGACGGCAGACGCGAGUCGAGUCUGGGCCGUCCAGUCGCCAGAAGCAUCAAGCUCGACAUGGUCGUCGAGUCUCCUCCGGUCUUGUUCCUGGAUAGUCCCCAGCAUUCGUCGGGCUCCCUCUUCUCUGGUCGCAUGCAACUCGCUGUAACCAGUGCACUCCCCACUACCAUCAAAUCGUUCACCCUCGCAUUCAGGGCAACUACCUCGACCAAGCGUCCCGUAGGCGAUCACUGCAAAGAUUGCUCUUCCAAGUCCAACGACAUCAAGGAGUGGAAAUUCUUGGCCGACAAUGCCGAACUGGCUACCGGCAACCACGACUUCCCUUUCAGCUACCUUAUUCCCGGCCACCUUCCCACCACCAGCCAUGGUCACAUUGGCAGCAUCGACUACAAGCUGUUCGCUCGUGCCGAGACCGCCAACGGCGAAGUCGUCGAGUACGUCCGCCCAGUUGUUAUCAACCGCGCCAUCCGUCCUGGAAACGACAAGAACUCUGUCAGAAUCUUCCCUCCCACCAACCUCACUCUCAACGUCACCCUGCCUUCGGUCAUUCACCCCAUUGGCGACUUUCCCGUGUACGCCCGUAUGUCCGGCAUUACCACCAAGAAAGAAGACACACAGAUCAGAUGGCGUCUAAGGAAGUUGACAUGGCGCAUCGAGGAACAGGAGAAGUUUGUUUCGCCAGCCUGCCCCAAGCACAUGGCCAAAGUCGGUGGUGAGGGAAGAGGCAUCAUGCACGAGCACACCAGGGACAUCGGCAGCGACGACCUCAAGUCGGGUUGGAAGACGGAUUUCGCUGACGGUCAGCUCGAGGGCGAGUUCAUGGCUUCCAUUGACAGCGGUCUGAAGCCUCAAUGCGACGUCGACAGUCCUUCUGGCCUCAAGAUCAACCACGUCAUGGUUUUGGAGCUGGUCAUCGCCGAAGAGUGGGCCCCCAACAAGAAGCCCAACCAAGCAACUCCCACCGGCGCCGCCAGAGUUCUGCGCACGCAAUUCAAUAUCAACGUCACCGAGCGUAGCGGUAUGGGCAUUGCCUGGGAGGAUGAACAACCUCCUCUUUACGAGGAUAUCCCCGCCAGCCCUCCUGGCUACCGCAACGAGAUCGACAACUAUGACGGAUCCGAACUUAACGAAGACGUCGACCAACUCCGCCUCUCAUGA